AUGUCUCCGUCGGCGUUCCAUCGCCAGCCGGCGCACCACCUGCACGGCAGCGGCGCCGGCCAGCAAGACGCCGGCCCUCGAACCAUCUUGAAUCCAUCGCGCGCCGCCUCCGCGGCCGGGGAGCGUCGCCAAAGCCAUCACAUCCUCGCCGCCAUCGUUGAUGACGACGAAGACAUUGACGAUAACGACCUGCAGGAUGACCGUCCCGACGGCACCGUCGGGCCGGCGUUGUCACCAACCGCAGAGGCUGGUGUCUUCUUCACGAGCAUCAACAACAGCGAUAACGGGGCGGUAUCAGCAGCCGCAACAGCAGGAGGAUCAGCCCAUGGCAACUCCGUCGUCGACGACGGCCGCGCAUCGCCGCCUACUGCUGCCGGCCGUCGCGCGGGAAAGCGGCCCGCCGCACGGGGCACAGCUUUUUACCCCAGGAAGCGAGCCAACACGGCCUGCCAGGUGUGUCGCGCGAGAAAGACAAAGUGCGACAACAAGCGGCCCAGCUGCACGUACUGCGAGAGCGUGGGGGCCACGUGCAUCCAGUCGCCCGUCGACCUGUCGAGCUUCGACCCGGCCAGCCUCAAGAUCCUGGACCGCCUCGACGACCUAGAGCGGCUGCUGCGGAGCGCUGCGCCGCCGUUGGCCUCCGUGUCGGCGGCGGUGGCUGCGGCGGCGGCCUCGGCGGGGGACUCCGCAUCGGCCGGCGGUCCGGCGGCAGGAGCGCCGGCUCCGUCCCCGGCGACUCCGGCGUCCGGCUCCGCAUCGGCCUCGGCCAUGCCGCCCCCAUUGCCCAUGGCACGAAACGCAUCCGACGGCUACGUGUUUGCGCAGCUCCCCCAGCUGCAAAACGUGCCCGUGUGCGCAGAGUACGACGACCAUGGCCUGAGCGCGCGCAGCUCCUCGGGGGCCAGCCACGUCGGGCGCCUGGAUGAUGCAUGUGGCCCCCGCGUCAACAGCGUCCUCCCGCAGCGCAUCGACCACAUCCUCCAGUGGCCCGUCUUCCAAAAUAGCACCCACCACAGCUUCCUGACGCCUCCUUCCGCCCGUGCAGCCUACGAUGGCAUCUCAUCCCCCACCGUGGCGGGCUCCACGUCCAUCUCCGCCCUUGUCGACAUGGAGUCGCAUCGCAUCUACCGCCUCCUCGACAACUUUUUCCUCUACAUCCACUGCAAGAACCCCAUUCUGGACGAGUCUUCGGCGCGGCGCAUGGUUGUCCGGGCCUUCCUAGAUGGCAUCGACUGGUCUGCGGCGUCGUGUCUUGCGCUCCUCAUCUGUGCUCUGGGCUCUGUGGCCACCCCUUUUGGCCCCAGCCCGGAGACGCGCAUCGGGACCCAGGCAUAUGCGGACGCGCAGGCGUUCUUCCUGGCAGCCCAAAAACGCAUUGGCGUGCUGCUGGUCAAGGAGGACAUCAUCGGCGCUCAAUGUCUGUUUCUCUCGGGCGUGUACAUGAUGAUGGUGGAGUUUAAGCCCGUCUACGCGUGGCGCUUCUUCAACCAGGCCCUCGCAGCGUGCCAACAUCUUCCCUUUUUAUCCAGGGCGCAGAGCCUCGCCGCGGGGGCCGGCUCGUCACCGGAGAGCAUGGAGAUGGGCCUACGAGACACGCAAGAGCAGGCCGUGUACUGGUCCGCGUGGAAGUCGGAGCGCGAGCUGCGUGGCGAGCUGUCCCUGCCCGACUUUGACAUCAUGCACUCCGGAAGCACGCUCUACCCGCCCUUCUUCCCCGCGCCGCCGGUGCCGCCGGCCGAGUCCCCCGACGGGCCCGGCUCGGAGACGCAGCGGUCGCGCGCCGCCUGGCUCUUCUACCUGGCCGAGAUAUCCCUGCGGCGGCUGACGAGCCGCCUGUGCAGCGAGGUGCUCACCCUCCGCCAGCGGUACGCCUCGGACGCGGCGUUCCUCGACGUGCUCGCCGACAUGACGCCCGAGUACGAGGCCCAGGCGCGCGAGUGGUCCGACAGCCUCCCCGCGGAGCUGUCCAUCCACACGCCCAUCGACGAGGACGGCAUCUGCCGCUCCGUGCUGCGCGGGCGCCUCAUCAACCUCUUCGAGAUGAUAUACUGGCCCUUUGUCAUGGCGAGCCUCAACAGCGCCUUGCCACCUGGAAGCGGCGGCAGCGGAGGUAGCGGCGCCCCGCUGCGGCCGCAGCUGCAGGAGCUCGCGCGGCGCGGGCUCGACACGCACAUGCACCAGCUGCGAGCCAACGAGCCGGGCUUCUUCCACAGGCACCACGGCGGCUUCUUCAUGAUCCGCGCGUGCACCCGCAGCGCGCUGACGCUGGUGGCGGCGGCGAGGACGGGUCGCGGCACGAUGCCCGAGGGGUGGGAACGGGCCGUGUACAAGACGAUUGGGAUGCUGGCCUACUGGGAGGACGAGGACUCUGCGCUCGUAGGCUGGAAGGCUGUGCUGGAGAGGGAGCUUGCGACGAGGCAGGUCUGA